AUGACACGCUUUCGCCCCUGUAUAGACCUGCACGCCGGCCAGGUGAAGCAGAUCGUCGGCGGCACCCUCGACAGCACAACAGCCGAGCUCAAGACCAACUUUGUCUCGACGCACCCGCCGGCGCACUUUGCGCGGCUGUACAAAGACAAUGAGCUCACGGGCGCCCAUGUCAUCAUGCUGGGGCCGGGCAACACCGAGGCCGCGCGGGAGUCGCUAAAGGCGUGGCCCGGUGGGUUGCAGGUCGGAGGAGGCAUCAACGACACGAACGCAAAGGAGUGGGUUGACGCCGGCGCGGAGAAGGUCAUCAUCACGUCCUACCUCUUUCCCGAGGGACGGUUCAGUCAGGAGAGGCUGGAUGCGGUGCUGCAGGCGUUGGGAGGCGAUAGGGACAAGCUUGUCAUUGACCUAAGCUGCCGCCGGCGCGGAGAUGACAGGUGGUUUGUGGCCAUGAACAAGUGGCAGACGAUCACAGACAUGGAGGUCAAUCAAGAAUCCAUCAAGCAGCUGGAGCCCUAUUGUUCAGAGUUCCUCAUCCACGCAGCAGACAACGAGGGUCUGCAAAAGGGCAUCGACGAGAAGCUGGUGGAGAGACUGGCCGAGUGGUGCAGUCUGCCCGUGACGUACGCCGGCGGCGGCAGGAACCUGGAGGAUCUCGAGAUGGUGAAGAAGCUGAGCAAGGGCAAGGUGGACCUGACGAUUGGUAGCGCACUGGACUGUUUCGGUGGCAACGGGGUCAAGUUGGAGGAGUGUCUGGAGGCGAGCGGCGAUGUUGUUUCAGCCAGUGCGACGAAGCAACGGUGGGCAGAUGCGCUAGAAGAAGCGAGUACAAAGAAACAAAACACGCAUAAUGGACUCAUGGAGCUGGUAGAUGCCCUGCGUGCCCUGCACGAUGGUGUGCGUCGGAUCGGAAAGUCUGUUGUUGUUUGGCCCCUCUUUCGUCUGUCGCUCCUCCUCAUCGUGGCUCCUCUCUUGGGGCUGAAGAGGAGGGAGGGGCUAGGAUAUUGCGCAGUGUUUGGGGGCCAGCAGGUGCUCCUGGCUCUUGCAGGACCACCAGGAAGUCAAUUGCGCUGCACGAUGGGACGGCAUUCUCGCAAAAAAUGGCUUUGCGCCGGCGGGGGCGGGGACAAGACGACUCGAGGAAUUAGAUACGAAUCAAUACAGACGAAUCAGCAAUCGAGAAAGAAGAGCACACAUCAAAACAACAAUAACAAUGGGGAGAAAAAAACCAUGGCCAGAUGCAUGGACAAGCAAUGGCAGCCAAAAAAGCCGAGUACAGGCCGCAAGCUCGAUAACAACAACAGCUUUCUUUCUCUUCUCUUCCAGAAGCACGACAUGCGGGAACCAAGCGUGGGCUUCCCAGGUCUAGGUCAAGGGCAAGGUCUCGACUUCUCUGACGUUUGGUACGGAGUAUUGGAACCCAUGUCCUCAGCUGCUGUUGGCCCGGAGAAUUAUCAUGGUUCAACAACAACAUUGACGAGGGGGAAACCGGACAAGCAUGAGAUGGAGAGUAAGCCUGAUGGUUUCGGGCAAUAA